CGGCCGCCGGCCCGAAUUGCCGCCCGAGAGGAGUUCAGCUGCUGCCGCCGUGAGCCGCGGGACCCGCGUUAUUGUAACCGCUCUAACGCACCGGACAGAUUUUUCUGUCUUUAUUUUAGGACCACCAGACGGUUUUUCUUUUUCCUUUUUCCCCCGUUUUUAUUAUCCUUCUGCCAUCCGUCUCCUUUCGAAUUUUUCUGUCCGCCUUCAUCCCUACCGGUUCCCCGAAACUCCCAGUUUGUAAUUAUCCGAUCGCGGUAUUUUUUUUUUUUUUUAAAGUGUCUAAAGUAAUAUAAUGUACAUUUUCGACUGUUGACAAAUUGCAACCAUAUUUUAAGUGUGACACACAUCGGUCGUCGGAGAUCGAAACCCGCGAGUCGUCGUCGUGAUAAUACGAAAAAAAAAAACAAACAAUACGCCAGUGAUUCGGAUACCAAACUCGGUGAGUACCCAAACCAAUAACCACUACACGUAUUAUACGUCUGUUUAUAUGUUAUUAGAUCAUUUUUUCUCCGUAACACUUUUUCGUAAUAAUAUACCUACGACCGUAUUGCGUAAAACUGUUUUAUAGUUUUAUUUAUAUUUACUGUACUACUGUACGUUUAUGAUAUUAGUCACGUAAUAUUUGUGUUUAUACGCGUAAUUCGUUUUUUUUUUUAUUUUUUUUUUUUUUUUUUUUUUACGUAAUCUCAAAAUUCGACGUGUUUUCCUGCGGCCGGGAACGGACGGGAAACGGUCAUCGUUUCGGUGUUUCGUAGAGACCGUUGUUCGGUAAAUGAAUAAUAACGGUGACGGUACGAACAAAAAAAAAAGUCGAGAAACGGUCGGGUUAGGCGGAAAAAAAAAAAAAAAAAAGAAAAAGAAAAAAAAGACCGUUUCGCUACGAUACGAUAUUAUGUUAUUAUAUCGAACGGUAGCGGCGGCGCGCGAACGGACGGCUAGUGCCGGGUGGCGAAAUAGGUCGCGACGGUAUAGGCGAACCGCGGGACCCGGCGCGACGGCGGGGAACCCUGCGGGCCGGAGGGACGCGGCACGCUCGCGGGCGGGCGGACGGCCGGCCGGUCGGGCGCGGCGGGGUGAACGCGGCGCGCGUGUACAGAAGGUCCGCACUGCGGCCGAGCCAACUAUUCGUCUUAACCUAAAAUAGUUAACGCGUACGCGUGCGAUAAUAAUAACAAUAAUAACAGUACUGAUGAUGAUGACAAUAAUAACAAUAAACAGUAACGAUGACAUUUCCAGACGGUCGAUUACGCGACGCGAGUUUUCGUCUCGAAAUCCACCGCGUUCCGUCCGAACGGCGUUUACCGCGCGGACACCGGCGACGGCGGUCCGCGGAAAUCCCGCGCCAACCGACUGCCGUCGUUAUUAUUUUAUAUUGUUUUUUUUUUGGGGUUUUUUUAUUCUUUAAUUUUCGCGUAGAUUUUCGCGCCGGCCGUACAGAGCGAAUUUCGAGCGCGCGCGUGCCGCCGGGCCGCGCGCGCCGUGAUUCGAUUUAACCCCCGUGGCCCGCCGCCGACGGCGCGCUGUUAAACGCAUUACCGCGGGGUCAGGGUCGUCCGGUCGCCGCGGCCGCUAUUCCGGUCGCGCUCGUCGCCGUCGCGUCGCGGCGCGACCGGUAGAGGCCGACCGCGCGAGACCCGCGGCGUCGUCUCCGUCGAACCCUGUCGCGUGAUCCGGUUCGCGCCGUUGCGAACACCGAUGCACCGACGACGCACGGGCGCGGUGUUCCUUUAUCGUAUGCGACGCCGCGACACCGAAACCCGGAAACGUACGCAUUUCUCCCUCCCCCCUCAAAAAAAAAAAACCGAAAAAACCGAAAAGAAAAACCCUCCCGCCCGCACGCUCGCCUCUCCGCGAACCGGGGCGCGAAACAAACGCGGGUUCGUUGCGCCACCGCGCGCAGAUACCAAAUAUAUGCUCGUCCAUAGCGGUGAUACCCGUACGGCCCGUCAAACUAACGGCGUGGCAGGCGGGUGGGGAGGAGAGGUGGGACGGAAAUCUACGUGGCCUUUUCGCCCCGGCAAAGUAUCCGCGCGGUCUUUUUUUUUCUUUUCUGAACCGCGUUGAAAGCGUUACAUAUGUUACUUUGGGCCGCGGCAUUUCCGCGGUACCGCCGGCGUCCAUUCGAUUACCGCCCCCCGACCGCCCGGGACUUACUCUCGUCUCGCGCGCUGGUCGAAAACAUUUUACCGGAUACCCAACGGACCCGAAACACGUUUUUCGGUUUUCGCCGGCAAUUCACGGACCUCCGUACGAUAAUGUCCACAGUGCCCGCAACGCUGUAGCGUACGCGUUCAAACGGUCGCGGUAUUCCGGCCUUCCGACACCGCGACCGCGGCAAUCGCGACGUUCCCUCCCGGCGCUUGACGUUCGCACUGCUCCGCCGAAACAAACGUUUCCGCACUACCCGCACUUCCCGAUAAGAAAAAAAAAAAAGCCGCCGACGUCGAGAAAACCUCGCGUCCGGCGCUACGAGCUCCACAAAAACCGGCCGAACGGUUUUCGAAUCGCAAUAUCGUAAACGAUUAAUAAACACUCGUGCGCAGACGGACGAAUAAAACCGCGACAGCUGCUAAUCGUUUGAAAAUGUACAAAGUCUCGCGUUUGACACGGGGAUACCGUGUGUGUUUGAUUCACCGCUAACGUUCUCAAUUGAAACGAGUUAAAAAAAUAUAAGUUUUUUAGUAGUUAAUAUGUUUUACGGUUUUUUUUUUACUGUUGGUAAUGCAUUCGCAAGAAACGUACAGGUAUUAUAGACGCCUAUAGAUGGCCAUUCAACGGUAACGCAAUUUAGCGGUUUCAAAAAAAAAAAAAAAAACAUACGAUAAACCUUCGAACGAAAACCAUAUUGUAGAAAAAUAAUUUGGCACGACGGUCGUACGCGUAUAGCGCGUUUCUGGAUUGUCGUCAAGGGUAUUUAAAUAUAAAUUAGGGGAAAAAAGUAGAAUGCCUUCCCGACGUUAGCAAUAGUAUAAAUUUCCAUCAAUCAAUUUACUGUAUUCAUUGAGCUUAAACAUAUAUUGCUACUUUAUUUUAUUUUUGUUUUUGUUUUUGUUUUUGUUUUUUUUCGGGCAGAAAAUCAUCAUGCGGGACAAGACGUCUUGAUCCACGCUGGUCCAGAAUAACGACAGCACACACACAUACACACUUCGGAAUAUCGGAGUCACACUUUAUUCUAAGUCUGUGAUAUUAUUAAUUAUUUUGAAAAAAUGAACCACUUAGUCAUAUUUGAUUUCCUCGAUCACAGAAUAGAGAUCGAAUCGCCUAUCUGUAAUCAAAUGAAAAGAUCGUUAUAAGUAGUAUUAUAAGUUGUUGACGUAAAUUCGUUAUUCCAAUUAGUUAGUGUAUUUAUAUAUUUUGUAAAAAUAAUAAUAAUAAUAAUUAUAACCAUGAAUUCCUACAAGUAUUUUUGAAAUCAUAAACAGUUUUUAAUUGUAUUUUUACAACUAAAAGUCCCUUAUAUUCUGUCCAAAAUGGGUUCCAAAGAGGAAAAUGGUGGCAGCAAAGGCGCCAAAAUGAGCGAUCUCAAAAAGGAAAUCGACUUGGACGAUCACCGAAUACCUUUGCCAGAUGUAUACGCUCGUUACGAGACGGACCCCGAGAGAGGUUUGUCCACCUCUCAAGCGAAAAGAUUGUUGCUUAGGGACGGCCCUAACGCUCUAACACCACCUAAAAGGACUCCCGCGUGGAUUAUCCUGUUGAAGCACCUGUUCGAAGGAUUUUCCAUCCUGUUAUGGGCAGGCGCGUCCCUGUGUUUCCUAGCGUAUGGUAUUCAAUAUUCCACAUCCGAAGAACCGCAAGAAGACAAUCUAUGGUUGGGAACGGUCUUGGUACUCGUGUGUGUAAUAACGGGUGUUUUUGCUUACAGUCAAGAAGCGAAAAGCUCCAGAAUAAUGGAUUCGUUCAAGAAUAUGGUACCACAAUAUGCUAACGUUGUGAGAGACGGUGAACGGAAAAAUAUACUGAGCUCGGAACUGGUAAGAGGUGAUAUUGUGGAGGUAAAGUUUGGCGAUCGUGUUCCUGCCGACGUUCGUAUUAUCGAGAGCCAUAACUUCAAGGUAGACAAUUCGUCUUUGACUGGAGAAACUGAACCACAGCCUAGGGAUUCGGCCGUGUCUAAAGUCACUGUAUUGGAAGCGACCAAUUUGGCCUUUUUUUCCACCAAUGCGGUCGAAGGAACUGCAAAAGCCGUCGUGAUACUUUGCGGUGAUAACACGGUAAUGGGACGUAUUGCUGGAUUGACUACAAGGCUGGAACAAAGAGAUACGCCGAUUGCAAACGAAAUCCAUCAUUUUAUGCAUUUGAUUUCCGCUUGGGCUAUUUUCUUAGGAGUCUCGUUUUUCAUAAUGGCGUUCUUACUUGGAUACCAUUGGUUGGAUGCUUUUAUAUUUUUGAUUGGAAUUAUUGUUGCCAACGUACCAGAAGGUCUUCUCGCUACUGUCACUGUGUGUUUGUCGUUAACAGCGAAACGAAUGGCUUCGAAAAAUUGUGUUGUAAAACAUCUCGAAGCGGUCGAAACUCUUGGAUCUACAUCUACCAUCUGUUCUGAUAAAACCGGAACUCUGACGCAAAAUCGUAUGACGGUCACUCAUUUAAGUUAUAAUAAGGAAAUUAUCGAAGUGGACUAUUUCAAAGACCCUACCGGUGUAACCGAAGAAGCUAGAAAUACCAAAGCUUAUCAAUCUCUUGUUAGGGCUGGAUGUCUUUGCAGUAGAGCCGAAUUUAUAUGCGGACAAGACAAUACACCGGUAUUAAAAAGAGAAGUUAUGGGUGAUGCGUCUGAAGCGGCUAUAAUCAAGUUUUCUGAACUUGCUGUCGGAGAUGUUAUGGCCUUCCGUGAUCAACAUAAAAAAGUAGCCGAGAUUCCAUUCAAUUCUUCCGAUAAAUUCCAAGUUUCCAUUCACGCGUUACCGUCUAAAGGACAAUUGUUAGUUAUGAAAGGGGCACCCGAAAGGAUUUUGGCUCGCUGUACUAGGAUGCGUUAUGGUGACGGUGUUGUUGAGUUGGACGAAAAUAUCAGACAAGAAAUGGACGAAAUUAUUGAGCAACUCGGAAGUUACGGUGAACGAGUGCUAGGAUUUUGUGAUCUCUUUUUGAGUACGGAAGAAUUCCCGAUUGGCUUUAACUUUACUACGGAUCCGCCUAAUUUCCCAUUGACCGAUUUAAGAUUUUUAGGGCUAAUGUCCAUGAUCGAUCCACCAAGACCGGGUGUACCAGAUGCCGUCGCUAAAUGCCGUUCAGCUGGUAUUCGUGUUAUUAUGGUAACUGGCGAUCAUCCGGUAACCGCUAAAGCUAUUGCGAAAGCUGUGGGUAUAAUAACCGAAGGUUCUGAAACUCUCGAAGAUAUCGCUAAAAGACGUCGGGUACCGGUAUCAUCUUUAGAUCCGCGGGAGUCUACGACGAUUGUAAUUCAAGGAUCGGUAUUGCGAGACAUGACAACCGAAGAAUUAGAACACGUUUUGAGAACAAAUAGAGAAAUCGUAUUCGCGCGAACAUCACCUACACAAAAGUUAAACAUCGUUGAAGGCUGUCAAAAUUUGGGUGCCAUAGUGGCUGUAACUGGUGACGGUGUGAACGAUUCACCGGCUUUGAAAAAAGCGGAUAUCGGUAUUGCCAUGGGUAUCACAGGUUCGGAUGUAUCUAAGCAGACGGCCGACAUGAUAUUGUUGGACGACAAUUUCGCAUCUAUCGUGACCGGUGUAGAAGAAGGGCGUCUUAUAUUUGACAAUUUGAAGAAAUCUAUUGCCUACACUUUGGCGUCCAACGUGCCCGAAAUAACUCCGUUUUUGCUGUUUAUCGUUAGUGGAAUUCCGUUACCUCUCGGUGUUGUCGCCGUUCUGUGUAUUGAUCUGGGAACUGAUAUGUGGCCCGCUAUAUCUUUGGCGUACGAGAGGGCGGAAUCUGAUAUCAUGUUGAGACACCCUAGGAAUCCGGUCAACGACAAAUUGGUGAACGGUAAACUCAUAUUCGUCGCUUAUGGACAAAUCGGUGUAAUAGAAGCGGUCGCCGGAUUUUUCUCGUACUUCGUCAUCAUGGCUCAGUGCGGAUGGUUACCGCAGAGAUUACUCGGAAUACGUAACGAAUGGGAUUCGAAGUCCGUGAACGAUUUAGAGGACUCGUACGGUCAAGAAUGGACGUUUACGCAUAGAAAAGAGCUUGAAUAUACUUGCCACACUGCCUUCUUUAUAGCUAUUGUUGUAGUUCAAUGGGCGGAUCUGAUUAUUUGCAAAACUCGAUACAAUUCCAUUUUGCACCAAGGCAUGGACAAUUGGGUUUUGAAUUUCGGAAUGGUUUUCGAAACUUUAGCUGCCUGUUUCGUGUCCUAUUGCCCGGGUAUGACCGAGGUGCUCAAGACCUACCCUGUAAAAGCCGAAUGGUGGCUGCCCGCUUUACCUUUCGCCGUAGUCAUAUUUAUUUAUGACGAAUGUCGGCGUUUUUGGCUCAGGACUCAUCCGGGUGGAUGGAUCGAACGACACACUUACUACUAAAAUAUUUAAAAAAAAAAAUAUUUACAAUAAAAUUAAUUUAAUAACCACUCAUUGCGUCAAUGUCCCUGUAUAAAAGAAAUCAAUUAAAUAAUAAUAAUAAAGAAAUUUCGUGUAAUGAAUACGCGUGAACCUCAUUAUUAAAAAUUUUAAAAAUGUAUAGCUGUUAUUGUUAUUGAUAGUUUUAUUAGUUAUUAAUAUAAUAUAUGCGAAUUUUUUGAAAACUUUAGAUUAAUGAUUCGGUUGUCGGGAAAAGUAUAAAUGCUAAAAACAAUAACGAAAAGAUAAAGAAAAAAUGUCACCCCGAAACAUUAUACUUCAAUUGAAACCAAUUUGUAAGAAUAUAAUUACGAUAAAAGAAAAAAAAAAAAAAUAAAAAAAAAAAAAAAAAAAAAAAAAACUAAUGAUAAUAAAAAUUGUUGAACAAUGCGUAGUGUUGGAUUAGCUGUUCUCGAAACGUUUUGUUAUACAUUAUAUUAUAUUAUAUUAUAUAUAUAUAUAUAUUAUAAUAAUAUAUAGUACAAGGCUGAUCAAAAGUCUAACCGAAAAUCACCUUAAUUAUAAACUUUUGAUCUUCCUCGUCUCUACGUAUAUUGUAAUCCGGGCUGGUUUACGUGCAAUUAUGCUUAGAGGCUGAGCCAUUAUUAUUAUUAUUAUUAUUAUUAUUAUUAUUAUUAUAUUAUUAUUAUUAUAUUAUGUGUAUACAUUUAAAAAAAAAAAAAGAAAUUGCCUGUGUAGAAUAUGCAAUGUAUAGUAUAUUUUGUUUGGAGUAAAGAAUUUGACGAUAAAAAUAUAAUUGAUUAAAAAAAAAAAAAAAAAAAAAAAA